AUUGGAUUAAGGGAGCAAGAGCGAGGAGUAAAGAGAAACAGACAGACAGAGUGAGAGACAGAGCUGGGGUACACCUGACCGUAAGAAGGGAGGGUAGCUCCUCUGCCAGCCACAUACACACGUUUGCACACACACACACACAUACUCACACGUUUGCACACACACAUAGAAACACACAGUGCAAACAGGCAGAGGCAGUGAGCCAGGCAGCAGAGAGCCUGUCGACCAGCAGCCAUGACAGACACCGAUACUCUGAGCGAGGCACUAAAGGCUAUCAGUGUGAGUACGGAGCUGAUUGAUGAGGAGCUCAAGCCUCAUUUAGACACAGUGCUGGCUAGUCUUUUGGAAAAGAAAAAGGAUGCUGCUGUGGAGAUUGCCAGAAGCGGGAUUUUACCCACACUGGCUCAGGCCUUACGGAGUAAAAGCCACCUGAGCUGCCAGGUGGCUUUGGUGGUAGCAGAGAUGGCCAGGGAAGCUGCAGUGAGGGAGCCGUGCAUUGAGGCAGGCCUGGUGAAGGUGCUGGUUCCCCAUCUGAACAGCAAUAACCAGGAGAUGUUGCUGAACACUGGCAGGGCCAUCGGACGCAUCUGUUUUGACAACUCAUACCAACAGGACCAGUUAGUCCAGAGUGGUGUAAUCCCCAGACUGGUGUCCAUUAUAAGGGAGUACCCAGAGAACGACCCCCUGGUCAACGUCUGCCUGCUGGCCCUCUGUAACCUGGCUGACAUGGACUCUGCGAGGGAUGCCCUGGCAGAACAGGAUGUGGCAGAUGUAUUGACGUUCCAGCUGAAACGAGCGUCUGAUGCAGAGCGCCGACAUGUCAUCCUGGAAAUACUGGGCUCGCUGGGCGAGAGUGAUAUACUGAAGCUGCAGUUUGCUGAGUCAGGAGUACCAGAGGCUUUAUCAGAGAUGAUUCGGAGUUUGCAGGGAGGUUCUGACCCCCAUGACCUCUGCAGCAUCAAGAUUGCCUCCAACCUCAUCGUGUCAUUGCUUUUAGGAGAUGAAUCUAUGCAGAAGUGUUUUGGUGAGGGAACAGGUCUGGUGUAUCAGGAUGUUCUGUCCUGGCUGCAGAGCUCCAAUACCCAGCUGCAGCUGUCUGGAGCCCUGGCCAUCGCCAACUUCGCCAGGAACGACAGUAACUGUGUGAAGAUGCUGGACCUUGGUGUGGUUCCUCACAUCCUGACCUUGUUGGAACAGCAUGUUGACGAAGGAGACGUGUCUGUUCAACAUGCUGGACUGAGCGCGCUCAGAAAUCUGGCCAUUCCUGCCACCAACAAAGUGCGGAUGCUGGAUGACGGGGUGACUGAGAGAAUAAAGACCCUGCUGCGCUCUGACAUGCCACCAGUUCAGUUCAAACUGCUGGGUACACUACGCAUGAUGGUGGAUGGACAAGAGGAGGCAGCUUUGGUGCUGGGCAGAGAUGCUGUGCUGCUGGCUCGGGUCAUGGAGUGGUGUGAAGCUAAAGACCAUGCAGGAGUCCGAGGAGAAGCCAGUCGCCUCUUGGCUGCCUUCAUCAGACACAGCCGCAGCCCUGAAGUUGUCCUUGCUGUAGCCAAAGCAGAUGGGGUUCGGCACCUAAUCUCCAUGGCAACAAGUGAACAUGUCAUCAUGCAGAAUGAGGCCCUGGUUGCCCUGGCAAUAGCAUCUGCAAUUGACAUCGAGUCUAUGAAGGAUCUGUUCAGGGAAGCGGAGCUGUUGCCCAUGCUGAAAAAGAUGUUGGAGGAUCCUGUAGGGGCGGUCGAAGUCAAGUUCAGUGCUUUGGGUCUCAUCUGCAGCCUGGCUAACUCCAGUGUGAUGAAGGAGGAGUUGAACUCUGUGAACAUGAAGGAAAGCCUCAGUAAACUGACAGAUCACAGCAGCAGUAAACUUGCCUCGCAGGCCGGCUCCAUACUGGCCACUCUCAGUGACAUCAGCUAAACCAGCACACUGCGGCAACACAGGAUCUCAUCUGCUGUAUGGAUUUAUCCAUCUUAUUCAGUGACAUACCUUCAUUCAAAUGAUCUCACUGCACAGAUACUGCUAAAUAUUGAAAUGGCUUCUAAAAAUGUUAACCUGUUAUUUGGCAAUAUUACUCAUUACUCAAGGACAAGCAAAACUACAGACCAAAGGGAUUCAUUCAAUCAGGAGCAUGAUGCUCAACAUUUUCCAUGGCAAAUUACCAGAUAGAUCAUGAGACAUCCUAUGUGCAAAGUUAUUGGACUGAGACUGGAGAUAGAAGAAAGUUCACUGUGUCCAAAAUGGAGAGGGUUUGUGUGAAUAUGAGUGUACUCAAUACGUUUCAGAGUAACCUGUCAUCAGAUUUUGACGUUUCUUUUAGACAAAUGUACAGUAAAUGUAGUGUCAAUAAUGGCAGUAGAGGAGAGAUUGGGGGUCUGCAAAAACAGAGGCAUUCAUUGUCUGGGGAUCAUGAAUAUCCACCGAAAAUGUUAUUAAAAAUCUAGUCUUAAGUUUUUAAAAUAAUAAUAAUAAUGACAAUGAUGUUUCCUUUCCAUCUGACAUUAAAAGGAAAGGCAAAGACGGAAAUCAAAUUAUGGACUUCACAUUAUUCUGAGGAAAAUAAAUGUCACUGCAGUCUGGCAAUCAGUAGUCUUGGUUCAAGUGACUGAUGUCACUUUCAUUGGAGUACAGGGUCAAGAACAUUGGGGCAGGAGAUUUAAGAUCGGAUAAGAUAAUCCUUUAUUAGUCCCACAGCGGGGAAAUUUGCAUCAUUACAGCAGCAAAAGGGAUUGUGCAAACAAGAAGCAUCAGCACCAAAACACAAAGCAAUAUAAUAAGUACAUAUCAGUAAAAAAAAGAAAAAAAAAGAAAGAAAGACCAAUAAACAGUAAAUAUUUAGGUGACAUCUUCACAGCCAGCACCCAUAUUGUAUAAGUACUUGCACCUAUCUGUGCACCCAGGUCUUAAAUUUAGGUGUUGUCAGGAACAUUGUUGGUGUAUUGCUUCAUUUGAGGCAGCAGAAAGCGAUUGCACCACUGACCAAAAAAAAAAAAAACAGGUCUAAGGUCAGAAUGAUGCAGUAUUUUCCUGCCAUUUAAAGGAACAUUAUACACAUAGUAAUGUGUGCCUAUAUAGGCAGGUUCAUAAUGCAUGUACACUGCCUUACACACACAGGGACACAUGAGGUUUGCAGAUGGGUAAAAUAAUAUAUAAUUAAUGAGGAAAAUAUUAAUUACAUUCUGUAAAAUGUGAACAUAGAGAGCAGACCAGAGUUGCAGAGUUGGUGUCUGACUCCUCAAUAAGGCCUCCAUCACACAGAAAGUGUUUUAGCAGCUGAAGGUGGCUUUUUGUAAUUGUUUUUAAUGAGAAUGUAGCUUUUUGCUUGCAGUUUUUGCGUUGCUACGCACCUUGUGUUUCUGCGCUCAGGGGCCUGGUGUUUUUGCUGUAGCGCUCUGAACUCCAAGUGCCCUGCAUCAUCUCCGCUUUUUUCCCAUUGUCCAACUGGAUGACUUGAGAGACAGUCCUUCUGUGUUGGUCACAACAAUAAGUUUACAGUUCGUAAACAAUGGAGGAAAAACAGGUGGUAGCGGUUUCUGGAUACUCAGAGCUAUAUGACUUAACAAACUACAGAUACCACGAUCUCAAUAGAAAACAGCAGGCAUGGAGGCAUAAAAGUGCAGCACUUAAGACAGCCAUCAUGGAGGCGAAGCUCCUGGGCCAACUGGUGGUACUCCCCGUGAUCCACCCUCUGUCUUAGGGUCUCAUGUACCCACACAGAUCUCUGUUUCCCUGUGCGCAACAAACUAUUUGCUGACAGCCUCUCACCUGCAACCAGAGCUACAGCAAGUACCCUCUACCUGUCCAUUUUAGGAACUAGCUACUUAUCACUGUGAAAUAAAUAAAAUGAAUGAGAAAGUUAGGGUAAGGUGGUGAUGGGGUAGUUGCCCGGCAACAAUAGAAAGGCGCAGCAAGCGUAUUUUCAGUGGCAUUCAGUUUAAAGAAAAAAAAAAAAGGCAGUGCAGUGCACCCUGCAUCUUGCAACAUGCAAGACCCUUUCUGUGUGAUCAGGGCCUAAGAUAGACACUGUGUACAUUCAUGCACUGGGGGAACAGCAUAACUUUUUUAA